CCAAAAGGCCGUGUUUGGAUGAUGAAGCAGGCUGCCCCCACUUGUGAAAAUUGCAAUUAUUAUAAUAAUUCAUCCACGAGAUUUGUAGAAAAAAGGAAAACCCCUCAAAGAUUCGUCUUCGAUUUUAGAGAGAGAGAAAAAGAAAGAAACCGCUAGAUCAUCAGAUUGAAUUAUUCUUCAUCGGUAAAGAAUCAAGUCAUUCCAUCUGAAUCUGCUGCGCGAUUUCUCCAGGGUUUCUCAUCUGGUGAAUUACGCAUGGAUUACAGGAUGCCUGAUAAUGAUGUUGAGGGAAUCGAUUACAUGGCAGAUGAGGUGGACAUUUUGGAUUUUGUGAUGGAUGAUGAUGAAGUCAAUGGUGAUGAAGCUCGAUUUGCUGAUGAUAAUGAAAUGGUGACAGAUACAUCUUCAGCUCAAGCAAGAAGAGGCAAAGACAUUCAAGGCAUUCCAUGGGAAAGAUUGAAUAUAACAAGAGAAAGUUACAGACAAACAAGACUUGAACAAUACAGAAACUAUGAAAACAUUCCAUUAUCAGGUGAUGCUGUUGAUAAGAAAUGUAAACAGAAGCAAAAAGGUGGCAACUACUAUGAAUUUUUCCAUAACACCAGAAUAGUGAAGCCUACAAUUCUUCACUUUCAGCUAAGGAAUCUGGUGUGGGCUAACUCAAAACAUGAUGUGUAUCUCAUGUCUAACUACUCAAUUAUGCAUUGGUCAUCAUUAUCUUACAAUUUAACUGAAAUUCUUAAUUUCUCUGGCCAUGUAGCACCCACUGAGAAACAUGCUGGAAGUUUGUUGGAAGGUUUUACACAAACUCAAAUUAGUACACUUUCAGUCAAAGAUGAUUUUCUUGUUGCUGGAGGCUUUCAAGGAGAGCUUGCUUGUAAGAGGUUGGAUAAACAAGGUGUAAGUUUCUGCACUAGAACAACAUACGAUGACAAUGCAAUAACAAAUGCUGUUGAGAUAUAUGACAGCUUAAGUGGUGGAAAGCAUUUUAUGGCAUCAAAUAAUGAUGGUGGUGUGAGAGAAUACGAUAUGGAGAGAUUUCAACUUAUGAAUCACUUUCGUUUUCCUUGGCCAGUCAACCAUUCUUCGCUAAGCCCGGAUCGCAAACUUAUAGCUGUGGUUGGAGAUCAUCUUGAUGCACUUGUUGUAGACUCAACAAAUGGAAAAACAGUGGGAUCGGUGGAGGGACACCUGGACUACUCAUUUGCAUCCGCGUGGCAUCCAGAUGGAAGAGUAUUUGCAACAGGAAACCAAGACAAAACAUGCAGAGUGUGGGACCUACGAAACCUAUCAAACCCGGUUUCGGUUCUCAAGGGGAAUAUGGGGGCAGUCCGGUCAGUUCGGUUCUCAUCAAACGGGCAGUUUUUGGUGGUGGCUGAACCGGCUGAUUUUGUUCAUGUUUAUGACACCAAUUUAAACUAUGAAAAACGACAAGAAAUUGAUUUUUUUGGGGAGAUUUCGGGGGUGUCGUUGAGCCCGGAUGAUGAAUCCCUUUAUAUUGGAGUGUGGGACCGGACUUAUGCCAGUUUGUUACAGUAUAACAAACGCCAUAACUAUGGUUACCUUGAUUCCUUUGUGUAGUAAGUAGUGUGUGUAGGGAGGGGGUACUAGUCUAGUUGAUGCUUAAUAAUGUUUUUUUUUUUUUUUUUAAAUGAGUUUUGGUUUGGUUUAUUUUGUUGUUUUGGGACUUGGGGUGGUAUGUAAAACUCUUUCAAGAAAAUGUAUAGAAGCUAUUUUGAAAAUA